GAUCAUGUUCUUCGGGACCCCUGAUCAUGUUCUUCGGGACCCCUGAUCAUGUUCUUCGGGACCCCUGAUCAUGUUCUUCGGGACCCCUGAUCAGUGGCCAAGAGGAUCCAAAAGUUGUGUAUGCCGCCACCGCCUUGGCCCCCACCCCUCAUGUAAACAUAGAGACGACUCCCUCCAGGCCCGGCAGAUACAGUUUACUGACUGGUCUUUAAACAUGUAAACGGGACAGUGCCAUGUAAACACCAAAAGACACGAGAAAUACAGAAUUUGGCACAACAAGACGGUAUCGAUGAAUUCAGCACGCGAGAGCCACGAGGCUUUUGUGAGUGGCCACAGUGGGUCAUCAGCCCCUGACCUUAUUCUGGCUGUGACCCCGGCCUUCCCAGCUUCUGCACUUGCUGUAUUAAUUAUACGAGGACGAGCGGGAUGGUUGUGGUAUUUUUUGGACAGUUUUUUAAUUGUUGUUCCACUGACGCUGAGUUUCACGGUUUUGGCAAAUUACACCCUGGAGCUGAGUACGCUGUUUACAAUUCUUGUUGGAGUAGCCAUAAGCCUCACCAAACCAGAGAAGAUAACAGUUCAUAAUGAUGCUAAUAAUAAAAAGCACCUGGGGUGUGUGACAUCAUUAAGGUCUCUCUUAAGCCUGGCUACAUGUAUUGCCAUUCUUGGUGUUGAUUUUCACUCAUUCCCACGCCGGUUUGCCAAGACUGAGGAGUAUGGGUACAGCCUCAUGGAUGUGGGCGCUGCAGGAUUCGUCGUGAUUAACGGCAUUGUUGAAACCAAGAAGAGGCCGUACUACAGGUACAUCAUGAGAGAUGGAGUCAUCCUGAGUGUGCUGGGUGUGUUAAGGCUGGUGCUGGUGAGGGCGGCAAAUUACCAGCAUCACGUGACAGAGUAUGGUGUACAUGCCAAUUUUUUCUUCACUCUUGCGUUUAUCAAGUUUACUUGCUCAUGGUGGGUUUGUCAUCUAAAAUGUCUAGGAAGUGCCAUGGUGGCUUUAUUUCUCUGUUUAUGUCACCAUUUGUACCUCACUGUUGGUAAUGGUGGCCCCUGGACACUGAGCGACAUUCCCCGAGACACACUCCUUCUGGCCAACAGGGAGUGGCUGGUGUCUAUGCCUGGUUAUGUGGCUCUUUACUUCCUUGGUGCUUCUCUCGGAGCUUUUGUAUUUAACAGGAGCGGUAACACCAAAUUAACUCGUCCGCUCAUCGUCAUCACACUACUGUGUGGUGGCUGUCUGGCUGGAUUACACCAUUAUGUGGACUUACCAUCUCGGAGGCUUGGCAACCCAACUUUUGCAGGGUUAGUUAUUUUCUUCGUGCUCGUAGGGCUCACAAGUUUCUCAUUAAUUGAGGAGAGACUCGCAGAAGUGUUCCCAGGGUUGUCAUCUGUGCCACACACUUUCCAAGCCAUCAAUCAUCAACCUCUUCUCUUUUUCCUCUUGUCUAAUGUAUCUACAGGACUUAUUAACAAAAGUAUAAAUACUCUAGAAGUGAUGUACCCUUGGGAUGUUAGUAUUAUUGCUGUGUAUGCUACUUUAUUAGUUAGUGUUAUGUAUUUUAUAUUUAUUACUAAUAUUAGAUAAAGUAGACUUAUAUAUGUUGGCAGUAACCUUAUGUACAGUCACUCAAAAAACUAUCUUUACUGGGGUGAGGUCGAUGCCUUUCAGAAUGAACAGUGCGAUGCCUGCUGUCUUGGUAGGGUUGUCAAAGUCCUUCGUCCAUUGUGUCCUAUUGUUUAACAUAAUUUUUUGAAUGAUUGUUUUCUCAGCAACUGUAUGAUAUAAGAGACACCCCCAAAUCAAGGGAGCAUAUUGUCACCAUUUUGUUUGUCCAUCUUGGUGUUCCAAUCUAUUUUUUGUAACCUGUUGAGGUCUUCAGCUGAAUUUAACACACGUUGUUAUCAUAAAAGACGAUGUAAGUUAUACUAGAUUUAGGACAGUAUAAGAUCACUGUCACAGACAAGGUUCUCUUUUCAGGGAGUCUCAAACUUCUUGUAAACAAAUAUUUCACAUGUUGCCUAUUUCAGUGCAGCAGAAUUCUCACAUAGUCUCCUCCAAACAUAUUAAGCUUUACUUACUUACUUCAUCACAAAAUAGGUGUACACACAUAUAGCAAGCUUCUUCACAUCUAAAAUAAGUCACAUUUACAUAAAAAACUGUUUUAUAUUGCCCAGGAUUUGGUUAAAAUAAGAAACAAGUUUACUAGAACAUCUUUUAUUUCUAGUUAUUUUACAGCUGAGGGUAUAGUACAAAGCAUAUGCCACAGAUUUUCUAUUUCUCCCUAAUUACCCCAACAAUAAAAUUUAUAUAAAGCUA